ACCACUGUCUGCCAUCUUUGAUUGUGCGACAGGCCGCGGCGCGAGCAGCGGGGCCUCACACAACUAGAAAAACGGUGUGACACGAGAUAACGGGAGGGCAUAACGAGGAAACACCGGACGACCGCGCACCGGUUCCCACAGCAACGGCCGAACAGACUAGAACAGGCUGACCGUUGAAACAGAAGACACACAGCCGUGCAUGUGGAGAGCGGUUUGUAGACACUAGCUAACCAUCGUUAGCAGAGCAGGGUUAGCAGGCUAGCCCGCUCGCUUUUGUAAUCCGCCGGCCAGACACAUAUUCGUGCACCACAAACCACGCCGAAAUCGGAUCACACAUCAAGCCGCACAACAGCCGCACGGACAAAGGAAGCACCGGCAGUGCCAGGAGGCUGGUUCUGGGGGCGAGGCCAAAGGACCAGACUCAAUGAGUUUACAUCGAAAUGUCAGAGAAGUCAGGGCAAAGCACCAAGGCAAAGGAUGGCAAAACAAAGUAUGCAACCCUUAGCCUCUUUAACACCUACAAGGGCAAAUCUUUGGAAACCCAGAAAACUGCAGUUGCUGCUAGACAUGGGCUCCAAAGUUUGGGCAAAGUUGCUGCUAGCCGGCGCAUGCCCCCUCCGGCCAACCUGCCCAGUCUGAAGGCAGAGAACAAGGGAAACGACCCCAACGUCAACAUCGUCCCCAAAGACGGGAGUGGCUGGGCAUCUCGACCUGAGGGAGGGGAGGAGAGGCAACAGGAGACGCCCCCACCCCCGGUCAAACCACCCGUGGUCCCGCCUCCAGAACCUUCUAUUGUGGGCAGCCGCUCCUGGGCCAGCAGCAAGCAGACGCCAAUAGAAGGAGCUCCUCGUGUGAGUAGUCAAUUUCACCAGGAGUUUCCUAGCUUGCAGGCAGCUGGUGAGGGGGAGAAAGAGGAUGGUGCAGAAGAGGAGCCUUAUGGACCGGGACCUAGCCUCAGACCUCAAAAUGUUGGCAGUUGGCGUGAGGGCGGAGGCAGGAAUUUAAUCACUGCACCCAGCCCCUCUGAGAUGGACAACAGGCCUCUGGAGGAGGGGGGUGCGGUCCCUGAUACCUCUACGCCUCCAGGGGAAGCUGAAGAGGCUGGGCGAACAGUAACCGCUGACGUUCAGAAUGAGAAAAAGGACGGCAGGGAGAAGGUGCCCCCCUCUGUCCCCGCUUCUCAGCCUAAACUCAACGGGGGGCAACAGCCUCCUGCUGGGGUACCAACACACUUUGACCCUGCUUUCAGGAGCAUGAUGCCACCCUAUAUGUUCCAGGCAUUUCCUCAAAUUUCUUUUGCCCCAGGGCAAGGAAACCUCAGAUACCCUGUCCCACAGGAAGGAGCAAAGAUGGUCAGGGGUCCCCGUUCCAGACCCCAGCAGGGUCCCCCUCAGGGCUGGCACAAGGACCCAGACAGGCCCUCCAUCAUCAGCGCAACAGAACUGAAAGGGCUCGACAAUUUAGACACAGACACUGACGAGGGCUGGGCAGGAGCCCAGAUGGAAGUGGACUACACGGAGAAACUAAACUUCAGCGAUGAUGAGGAGAACCAAGCAAAUAAAGAAAAAAGAGAAAACUGGGAAUGGAUGGGUAAAGUGGAGCGCAUGAGAUCUCGGCCAGCAGAGGGUCAGGAGGGCUGGAAGGAGGGUCCCGAGCUUGGGGGCAGUAAAACCUCAUGGGCUGAUGGUGAUCCCAGAGCGCCAUCCCCUGGCAGUAUGGGGCAGUACAAGUCAGCUGCACCGCAGGACUACCAGGGCGGCAGUCGUUCUGUUGUAAGCGGAGCUCCACGUGCAACCAAACCACCGGCUGCAGCAGCCCCUGGUGCUGAGGAGGACUCUGAUGCCUGGCGACAGAAGCGCAAGAAGCCUCAAGAAGUUUCUGAAGCUGUAGAACGGGCUAGGAAGCGAAGAGAUGAAGAAGAACGGCGCAUGGAAGAACAACGACUCGCAGCUUGUGCUGAAAAACUGAAACGCCUCAAUGAAAAACACCGCCAGUCAACUGAAAGCACACCCGCCCUUUCUCAGACCACCAAUGAAGAAGCAGGACCAGCAGAGGAAGAAGAGUCCUUAUCAGCUCCUGCUCCCGUAUCCAGUCCUGUACCCUCCAUCCCAGUUUCACAACCACCGGCCACAAUCGUGCAAGCGCCUCUACCUGAAGAGGUGGAUCAAGAUGGGGAGAUGGUGGAGCGAGAACACGAGAUAGUGGAGCGAGAACACGAGAUAGUGGAGCGAGAACUCGAGAUAGUGGAACCAAUUGUAGAGGAGGAGGCUCCCCUGCCUCGUCAGCCCAGUCCCACGAUCCAGAGACCCUUGGCCGUUGCUCCAGAGCCUCAGAGCGAGGAAGAGAACUCCUUGGUUGAGGUUAGCACCCUGGUGGAGGACAACCAGGUAGACGGAGCAGUGCCUAUCGAAGACUAUUUCAACUUGGAGGACAACAGAGUAACAGAUCCAAAUACUAUUGAGUUGCUGCCUGCAGUGGAUGAGCCCCACCUGUCUCCACCUCAAAUGGACCUGCCCAGUGGAGAGGAAGUCUCUAUGGCACCGCCACAACUCGAAGGAGAAGCGGCAGCUGCUCUGCGUCCCUCUCUCAACUCGGGCUAUUCCAAACAGUUUCAAAAGUCUUUGCCUCCUCGUUUCCUCAGACAGCAGGAGCAGAUGAAGCAGCAACAAUGGCAGCAACAGCAACACCAGAGUGGAGGCUCCCUGUCCCCAUCAGGUGGCGGAGGCGGUGUCCCAGCUCCACAACAGCAGCAGCAGCAACACCGCUCAAUGUAUCAACCCAUUGGCCCCCACCACCAGCACCUGGCGUCCAUGGGCUUUGACCCCCGCUGGCUCAUGAUGCAGUCCUACAUGGACCCUCGCAUUAUGUCAGGACGUCCUCCCAUGGACAUGCCAGCUAACAUUCACCAAGGGAGGAUGCCUCCGAAGCAGAUCGUUCGCAGAGAACCGGGUGACAAUUCCAGCUCCAGCUCUGACUCCUUUGACCAUUUGACCCGACCAAUUCGUGACCAUGGCCUGCCGUCAGACUCGCGGAUGGUAUGGGGAUCGGAACCGUACCCACAAUCGGAGCCUUUACCCUCUGUAACUCCUCCAAAAGGACAAGAUGAUAACAAAGAGCCGAGGAUCGACUGUGGUUUGGAUCUAGACGGGGGUCUAACAACUAUGUUUCCCCAGGACCAAACUGUAUUGGACUCUCACAAAAGUAACUUCUUCCAGGACCCUACAGAGUCCCUGUCAGCAUUUACUCCGGGCCCAGAGGAUGUAUCGGGGCCUCUAGACAGGGUUCCUGUGGCCUCAGCCUUUGAUUCAGAAGAAGCAGGCCUCCCAAGUGGGGAAGAGGUAGAAGCUCUCGGCCAGGCGAUGCUGCAGAGGAGCGUCUCCCAGGGCUCCAGCCACUCCCUCAAGCUGGAUGAGCCCAGGUUUGAUGGGCUGUCCCUGGGAACAACAUCUCUAGACAUUCAGGACUCUGCAGAACGUUCUGAUGAUAAGCCUCCGAAUGAACCCUACCCCCAGCCCCAGGCUGCGUUGACUAGCAACAGGGCUACACCACCUCCUGAUGGAUUACACAAACAAGAGAAACUGCCUUUGCCAGUCCCGAGCAAGCAGAAAGCCGAGCUGCGCUGGGGCGGAAGAUCAGGGGCCGGACGCAGAGAAGGACCAGGUGGAGAGAGACCUCUCCGCAGGUCUGGCCCAAUAAAGAAGCCUGUCCUUAGGGACAUGAAAGAAGAGAGGGAGCAAAGAGAAGAAAGAGAGAAGCGCCUUGAGAGGGGGGAGAGAGGAGAGAGAUUGGAGAGAGGAGAGAGAGGAGAGCGAGGAGACCGCUUCAAGAAGGAUCAAUCAUCCAAAGCUCCGUCUGCAGCUGCAGUUGUGUCUGAGGGCUCCAGAUCUCAGGCGGAGGGGAAGAGAGAAGCUGCUGAGGCUGAGGAAACGCAGACUGGCCUUCCAAGAGUCAAAGACCCUCAGCCUUCAUCUGGGGUUCCCACCUCUUCCUCUCAGGAGGAGAAAGCAGACAAACCGCCCAGCAAUGACCAACAUCCAGAACCCAAACUGCCCUCCAGGAAGGAGUCCAAUCUUCCUCCACGUUCAUACCGACGAGAGGACAGAGAGCGGGAACGUGAGAGGGAGAAGGAUAUGGACAGGGACAGAGAUCGAGACAGAGACAGGGACAGGGACAGGGACAGGGACAGAGAGUGGCCUGCUGACCCAUUCAAAGCACGUGGUCGAGGGGAGUAUUACUCCAGGGGACGGAGCUACCGGGGUGCUUACAGUGGCCGAAACAGGGGGGGUCGUGGUCGAAGCCGGGCAGAAUACAAUUACAGAGAGCCCCGAUCACGCUCAGAUUUACCUUUGGUUGGAGGCGCUGCUGCCUUCCGCAACAGGGAAGAAAGCGAAACACGCAGCGAGAGCUCAGACUUUGAAGUUCGUCCAAAACGUAGACGGCGCCGGGGUUCAAACACAGAUUCUGAGAGUGAAGGUGGAAGAGAGUCUGCCAGUGAUACCGGACCCUCUGAUCGUGAGCCUAGCACCAAACCUAGCCGUCCAUUGAGGCGAGAGCUCCCUGGGGAGGCCCGGCCUGGGCCCCACAAGCCAGGCUUUGGACCUCCUCACAUGGGGGAAAGGGUUGGACACAGAGGGGACGAUGAGAGCAGACCCAAGCCAGGAUUCCUUGCUAAGGGAGAUCCUUCACGACGAGGAAGAGGAGGACUUUAUAGUAGACGAGGUGGAACAAGGGAACGUGGUGGCCCUCGCCCGGGCCCUCUUAGACGGCCAGGUGCUAGAGAGUCCUCCUCUCAGUGGCCAUCUAAACCCAUGGAGACGUUCAGGCCGGAGGACACAGAGUCCUCACAAAGAUAUGACAAUCCUGCUGCGGACCGAAGACCCCCUAGGUCUGAUGGCAAGACAUUUUUGGAUGGGGCUCCUCAGAGUAGUAGAGAAAGACCACGGCGGUCCAGACCAGCAAGGCCCCCCAGGCAAGAUAAACCCCCCCGCUUUAGGCGCUUGAAGGAACGGGAGGCUGCAGUGUUAGCUAAUGGAGAAACAGCCCCAGGUCCCUCUGUCCCUCUACUCCCAGUGCCUGCUGCUGCUGUCCCCAGCUCUGCUCCUGCUCCAGUGUCUCACUCCCCAACCCUGUCCAGGGCCCCGGGGACCCCUCUGACUGUGCCUGCAGACGUGGCCGCCACUAUGCCUGCUCCUGACUUGUCCUCCUCUAUGGAAGCACCCUUGCCUGACACCAGCAGCCCCACCAUCACUGCAGUUGGAACCAAAUCCCCUGACCUGUCCAACCAGAACUCUUCAGAUCAAGCCAAUGAGGAAUGGGAAACCGCCUCUGAGAGCAGCGACUUCAACGAGAGGAGAGAGCGAGAAGAAAGGAAAGGAGCUCUCGAGGCCGCUCAUGAAGCAGCCACUGCCUCUGCCCAGGCACCUGCACCGCCCCAGGGCUCCAUGACCCCCAACAGAAGCCCCCCUGAUGGACGGGUGACUCCAAAACGUGACGGGGCUCCUGCAGCCAAGAGGAGUUUCUCAAAUCAAAGGCCUGCAGAGAGACAGAAUCGUAGAGGCAACAGUGGAGCCAAACCAGUGCGGAGCUAUGCAGGAGGCAAGGGGGAGAGGAGGGGAGGGGCCAAAGCCGGCCGCAAAGGCCCUGCAGCCCAGCAGAAUCCAGAUGGGACAUCACAAACACCUGGAGGAGCAUCACAGAGGCCUACUAAAGACCCGUCUGGCCGUCGUAAAGAUGAAGCCAAACAGGCCGCCAAGAAGCCCAAAGAGAAUGCUCUUUCUCAGUUUGAUCUUAACAAUUAUGCCAGUGUUGUGAUCAUCGAUGACCAUCCUGAGGUCACCACCACUGAAGACCCACAGUCCAACACCAUUGAUGACGGCUUCACAGAGGUGGUCUCCCGCAAGCAACAGAAACGGCUGCAAGACGAAGAGAAACGGAAAAAGGAAGAGCAGACUCCUCAGAACUGGAGUAAAAAAGGCUCUGGUGAGAAGAGCAGAGGAGGCGGCGGAGGAAAGCUGCCACCAAGAUUUGCCAAAAAGCAGUCCUCGCAACAACAACAUCAUCAACAACAGCAGCAACAACAGCAGCAGCAGCAGCAACAACAACAACAGCAGCAACAACAACAACAUCAUCAACAACAGCAGCAACAACAACAACAGCAGCAGCAACAACAGCAACAACAGCAGCUACAGCAGGCUACACAGUCUCAGCCUCCUGUCCCCCCCGAACCUCAGGCCCAACAGCAACCUCCAAUUUCUGCCCCCCAGCAUCCUCACCUCGCCCCCUCCCAGCCUACUGCAUCCCCGCAGACUCUGGAAGGAGCAGUGGCUCCACUGCCCUCCAUCCCCCCUGCCACUGUGGACUUUACCUCAAAGAGCCUCCCCCCCGCACCUGUGCAGACGCACAGCACUCUGGGUACAGAGCUGUGGGAGAACAAGGUAGCAGGCACCACGGUCCUUCCUGAUGUCAAGAAACUUGGUCCAAUCAGCCCUCCACAGCCACCUUCUGUGAGUGCCUGGAACAAACCCCUUACCUCCUUUAUUGGCACGGUUUCCUCUGAGGGUAUGAAGCUUGGAUCGGAGGGAGGUGUGGAAAUGGCAAUAGACAGUAUUCAGUUUGGAGCGCCGUCAUCUGCAGGCAGCACCGACAGUGAUGGAGUUCCAGCGUUGCUAGAAAACAUGUCUGAAAACAAACUACCCGCUCCCAAAGAACAGAGACAGAAACAACCUCGAGCUGGCCCAAUCAAAACACAGAAGCUUCCUGAAAUGGAACCAGUGGAAACCAAGGAGUACAAGCCAGGUCCCAUUGGUAAAGAGCGCUCAUUGAAGAACCGCAAGGCCAAAGACGCACGUGGAGAUGUAGAGGGGAUGGAGGGAGGAGUCCCUGGAGGAGUCAGUAGAGCCACAGACUCCAGUCCACCCUGCAGCGAGACAGUACCAGAGCUGGGAGGAGACAUCGAGGGCAUGAUCACAAUCCCCUCUGCAGAGUACCACAGCAACUCUAAGGAGUCUGUCACCGACUACACCACCCCCUCCUCCUCACUGGCUGACAGUGUUCCUACAGGAGUGAAUAAAAUGGAAGAGAGUUUGGUGGCAAAUGUGGCACUACCCCACUCACUGCCCAUUCCUCGGAGAGAGACCCUGCAGCAGAGCUCCAGCCUCAGCAAUGUCUCUCCUGCUACUGUUGACCUAACACUAAAGAUGGAAUCGGCUCGUAAGGCGUGGGAGAAUUCCCCGAGUCUGGAGAAGAACUCCCCCGUCGUGUCCUCUUCCUCCCCCAUCACAUCCUGUGCGUCCUCGUACUCCACCUUCUCUUCAGCCUCUAUGCCACAGAUUCCCGUGGCUUCUGUCACCCCCAGCACCUCUCUGACAGGUUCUGGUACCUAUACAACGUCAUCACUCAGCACCAAGACCACCACAGCCUCGGACCCCCCUAACAUCUGCAAGGUGAAGCCCCAGCAGCUGCAGAGUGGCGGUCUGUCCUCCAGCAGCAGCAGUAGCAGCAGCAGCUUCUCUCAGCUGGGCUGUGUGCCUACACUCCUGCCCCAGCAGCAGCAGACCCCCCAGGUGUACGUCUCUCAGUCUGCAGCAGCUCAGAUUCCAGCCUUCUACAUGGACACUAGCCACCUAUUCAGUGCCCCCCACCCUCGCUUGGCACCUCCCUCCCUGGCGCAGCAGCAAGGUUUCCAGCCCGGCCUCUCGCAGCCGACAGCAGUGCAGCAGAUUCCAAUCCCCAUCUACGCUCCACUGCAGGGUCAGCCGCAGCACCAGCACCAGCAUCAUAACCAGCACCAUAACCAACACCAUAACCAACAUCAUCAACAACAACAACAACACCAACAUCAACAACAACAACAACAACAUCAACAACAACAUCAACAACAUCAACAACAACACCACCAACAACAACACCAACAUCAACAACAUCAACACCAACACCAACAUCAACAUCAGGCUCAGCUGGGACUCAGUGCCGGUCCUCCAGUCUCCCAACCACAGGACCUGUUCAGUUCCUCACUGCAGCCUUACAGGUCUCAGCAGGCCUUCAUGCAGAGCAGCCUGUCGCAGCCCUCCAUGAUGCUGUCGGGACCCUCCCUGCACAGCUAUGCUGGCGUGCAGGCGCCUGAUCUGGGCAAACCUCAGUCUAAUCUGGCCUAUCAGCAGGCCUCCUCCACCCAGCACAUUCCCAUUCUGUUCGAGCCGCAGCUAAACCAGCCCUCUGGCAUGGGGGGCUCCCAGCUCAUGGACACACACCUGCUGCAGGCUCGACAGGGAAUGAGUCAGCAUUCAAACAUGUACUCGGGGCAAGUCCAACAGCACGGCCAGAGCAGUUACUAUAGCAACGCUCAGUCGCCCAGUUCUGCAAUGCAACAGGUGACGGUCCCUCUGUCCAGUUCCCAGCUGUCGCUGUCAAACUUUGGCUCGAGUGGAGGCCAGCCCCUCCUGGCGCUGCCUCCCACUCCCCCGCAGGCACAGCCUCCCAACAUCAACCGACAGCCCCCCAUCUCCCAGCCGUACCGAGGCCUCAUGGGCCCGAGCCACAGCAUGAUGCAGCCCCCUACCAGCAAGAUGGACAUGGAUCUAAAACUCUUUGGCAGUGGGAUGGAUAUGAAGCCCGGAACACCUCCUAUCGGCGCCAGGAGCACUACACCCACCUCCAGCCAUUACAGGGCCAGCUCCACCUCUCCCAGCAGCCAGUCCAGUAAGAUCAACAGCAUGCUGUACCAGAAGCAGUUUCAGGCGAGCUCCGCCGGCAUGAGGAUGGCACAGCACUUCCCUGGCCAGUUCAACCCACAGAUUUUGUCUCAGCCCAACCUGGUCUCUCCUCUGAUUCGUCCUCCUCACGUUAACUCGUUUGCCGGAGGUGUCCAGCGCUCCCCUAUGGGCCCUCCAAUGUCAACCAAUGUGGGUGGGGGUCUCAUGCCCCAUCCCCGACCUCAACACCCUCAGCACCCACAGCACCUGCAACAUCCACAACACCCACAGCACCCACAGCACCCUCCCCGAGGGCCUCCUCCCCCGCCGGCUCCCCGAGGCCCACAUGCCAUGAAUGCUGAACAGGAUCUAAAGGCGAAGCAGCGGGCUGAGGUGCUCCAGGCCACUCAUAAGUUCUUCUCCGAGCAGCAGCAAGUCAAGCCCCCGCAGGUCAGCAAAGUGUCUCGGAUUGAUCAGGGGGGGAAACCCCUGCUCGAGACCUCUGCCCCGAACCACCAGGCAGUAGUCGACCGCCCCGAAUCCGACAAACCCCCCAUUUCCACGGCCAAGCCCAUUCGGACUGGCCCCAUAAAGCCGCAGGCCAUCAAACCAGAGGAUGGCAAGUAGAGAGCUGCAGAACCUCUUCAGAUGACAAUAUGAAUGGAUGGAAGAGAGAGAAUCUAGCCCCAUUCACUCAGUCACCACCUCAUAUCAGCCCCAGGGGACAGUGUGUGGGGGGGGGGGAGUCGAUGGUAGUGGUUACUGAGGAGGCACUGUCCUGCGAAUACAUAAUCCUCUUCUUUCUUCUCCUAUCCUGUCCCACUGUAGGUGGCGGCAUUUGAGUUGGAUUCUUCCAUCGUAUUUAGAUGACGAUAAAAUGGCCGCAGAAGUUGUUCCAUAGAAAUCUACUGAGACGGUUGGAAAGAGAAAUUUGAAAUGAGAUUUGCUGCUGAGUUUGCCAUUUUUUUUUUUAUAGCUCUUGAUUUGUUUUGUUUGUUUCCCCAAUAGGAUCAAGCAUAUUGUAGGAGAAACCUGUUGUUGUUAAAGAAAGAAGAAAGUUUUGUUUUUGUAGUCAAAAUCAUCUGUUUAAGGAGAUGUCAUUUAGCGAUGCACACUUUUUGUUGCCCAAUAUCCCAUCAUAAUUAAUCAAGUGAUCUGUGCACGUGUAAAUGGCCCUCAAUACUACACGCACACACUCACUAACGGUUUCAUCCACGGUUACCGAUAAGAGGACUUCUCGUCAUUUUUGUUUUACCAGAAUUGAAAUGUGAAAAUUACAGCAGUUGAUGGAAAUUAAUGAUUGAUUUGUUGAUAAGUCUGCCUGUGAGCCUGCGCUCCUGCCUUCUGCUCUCAUCUCCUUGCCUGAGAAUCACUGAUGUGUGUCAGGUGUGUGUUUGUGCUUUAAACGGGGAACGCUCGUAGCUGGACUCUCCUGUUUAUUUAGCCAAAGGUUAAAAAGAGAGAGAUGACGUCACAGCCUUUUUGGGAUUGCUGUUGCCAUGGCAGCAGAGUUUUGAUUUAACUCACGGGAUUACAUGGCUAAUGUAUGAUCACUACAUACAGCUGUUCCAGAUUAGGAGCUAUUGUCACACACCCUUUCACUGCUUCCUCCUAUCUUUGCUGUCACACAAACACACACCUAUACACACUUCACUAUAAAACACCCAGGCCUGCUGCUAUUGACGGAUUUCAGUGCCCUUAGCUAGACAAUAGCAGGAUAGGGCUUUUUAGAGGAAACAAAAGAAAAGGUAAGGAGUUGAAACGGUAGAAAACUUUAAGCGUUUGUAUGUCAACCUUCACUAAGAGGGGGACAUUAACAGGACAGAAAAGGAGGGAAAAAAAAUAUUAAAAAGCCUAAAAUUCAGAAAUGUUUGGGCAGAAGGACACGUAUUGUUGGCUUUACUGAAAAAGAGCAAUCAGUGCUGUUUUCUGUCUCUGCCUCACCUCCGCUGGCUGUCCACCCACAAUGCUUUCAUCUCGGGGUUGUGGUGACAAGGGUCCUUCAGAACUGUACAGUAGUAUGCACCCUGAGGUGGGGAGGGGUCCGCCUCACCUCCACCCUAGCUGGGGGAAGAGUCCUUCUUUGGAGGAUGGAUGUGGGAGGGAGGGUAACGAUAUUUUUUUCCUCUGUUUUAUUUUUUUUUGUUGAACUUGUACAGGGGUUUCAUCGCUGUAUUAAAAUAUGUACGGUCUUAUUUACAUUCUCUUGGUUUGGUUACAGAAACUAAUAAAAAUAAUAUACUGUUGA